AUGGUAAUUCAGAAGAUGACAGACGUGGAAUUGGAAACACGUAAUUUUUUGCGCGAACUUGACACAUUCGGACAGCCGCCACCACCGCAACGUCUUAUUAGUGAUGCUGACAGCAAGGCAAUGAGCAAGGAAUUUGAAUUAAAAUUACAUCACAUUAAUUUAGAAAAACAAAAGUGUGUACGAAAUGGUACAUGGAAUCCGAAACCAGGAACAUCUUUUGGCAGCAGAAGUCCUGUUAAUAGGAAAAGUAACGAUAAUUCUUAUGGAUCUGCUAAAAAUGAUAAUAAAAAUGAAAUGAGUAAAGAAGAAAUUAGCAAACUUAAGGAACAGGUGGUAACAGCCAGUCGUCCGUUAAAUCCGUGGUACGAGCAUCAACACCAAUCACCAACGUUAUCCGCAAAUUUUGUUCGAAGUACUAUUCGAAAAGGUCUGAAUGCUGAUGAAAAAUAUCCAUCGAUCGUUACUAAAACUCCAAUACAAUAUCAUCAUAUUAAUGUGGCUACUGUAUCCGGCGAAAAUGCCGUAUCUGGCUUAGCAAAUGCAAAAAAAUCGAAUUGCGCCCAGAAUGCAGCUUCUAUAAGUCCAGCAAGUGCUUCUAGUAAUACGGAAACUUCGCAUUCAUCAAUUUCGACAAGUGGAUCCAGUAUGACAAUCUCGACUGAUCCAAAUGAUGACACCUAUCGAGCAAUUCCUGCUAAUAAUCGUUUUCAUUCUCUCAUUUCACCAGCCAAAACAUACUAUCAUAGUGGACCACCGAUUCGGCGAAUAUCUCGGAAUCCGAUUAAUGGAUCAGAUAGUGAUCGAUAUGAAAGGUUAUUGGUAAACGGAAAUGCUGUAAAGAAAAACAUGAAUGACGUAUAUUUAAAUGCAAAUCAGCAAUCUCAUUCAACAACCAUUUCUGAUAAAUAUGACGAGAAACAGCCGAAAAGUAAUUCCACGUUAAUGCCACCCUGGCGAAAAAAGAGUAUGGAUUCGGUUACAUCCACCGAUUCUGGCAUAUCAAUACAGCGUAAAAAGUAUAAUGAAAUAACGAACAAUUUGGAAAAACAAUUGAAUUUGAAUCGAAAACCAGUUGGUAUCUGUGAAUUAUGUAGUAAAGCUAUAAUGGAAGAAAUGGAUGCCAUUUGCGCACUUGGCCAACUAUAUCAUCAAAAUUGUUUUACUUGUGAUUUGUGUGGACGAACUUUACGAGGAAAAAAGUUUUAUAAAAUUCGAGAGAAAAAGUACUGCGAAGAAGAUUACCUGUACAGUGGGAUGCAUGAAAAUGCGGAUCGAUGUGCUGCAUGCUCACAUUUUAUUAUGGAUAUGGUUCUGCAUGCACUUGGAAAAUCAUAUCAUCCGCGAUGUUUCCGUUGCGAGAAAUGCAAAAAUUGUUUGGAUGGUGUUCCAUUUGCUUUGGAUCCGGAAGGUCGUGUAUACUGUACCGAAGAUUAUCAUAAACUUUUUGCGCCGAAAUGUGCUGCAUGUUUGCAAACAAUUAUGCCUAAUGAGAAAACCGGAGAGACAGUCCAUGUUGUUGCAAUUAAUCGAGAUUAUCAUAUUGAAUGCUAUGUUUGUAAGGGCUGUGGUAUGCAAUUAACAGAUGAACCGGAAAAACGUUGCUAUCCACUAAACGAUCAGCUUCUAUGCAAAAGUUGUCAUAUACAUUGGGUACGAACCGGUGGUGAUUCAAAACCGAUCACUGAUUUGUGA